GGGGAGGGGAGAUAUAUCAUAUUGUUCAUUUCUCUCUCUUAGUCUGCCAUCCCGGUUGCGCGGCUUACUGCUCGGUGCCGUAUUGGAGAGAAAAGAGAGUGAGAGAGAGAGGGAGAGGGAGAGAGAGGAGGGGUGGACAGAGCGAAAGAGGGCGGAAUGCCCCUUUACAGGCGUCGCAUCUGACUAGAACAGCGGAGAAGCUCGUAAUUCGGAAAUUGGUCAGAGAGGAGGACACUGCUUUCUGCAACACCAAGGUUCUGUUGAAAAAAAUCUCCACGACUCUGACAGUGACAUCCAAUCCACGCUGAUGUGCUGGCAAGGCCAAGGAUCCCGAUGCAUUCCACCAAUUCCUGCUGGAGCUAGAUGACUAAGAGCUCAGCACAACAGGCUCCCAUUUCUGAUCUUGGAAACAUUAGGAAAAUAACAAGAUAAAGGUUAUGCAUGCGCUGCAGGCAUAACUCCACGCUCCUCAGCCAAAUCUGUUUGCAAAGAAAAUUUCACACGUAGUGUCUCCACGCAGGCUUGCAACAUGGCCCAGAACCUGAAGACUUGAGUUCAAUAAAGGGAAAGUGAGAGGGCGGGUGCUGCUCACUCAUUCAUGGGCACAUCAGUCUGGCCUCUGCGAUCCAGCCUGCAGAGCCCCUCGUGUUCUUGCUUUAUCACAGCUGCCCCCUCAACUUCCUCUGCCUAAUCGCUCUCAGCUCGCACCUUGUAAAAGGUGGACAGCCCAAAACUCUGCUUACCCAAGCGCCGUCCAAUAGGUGAGGGCGGCGAGGGCUGCGCUGUCAUUGGCUGACUGCUGGUGAGAGUGCGAUGCGGAUUGGAGGAUGUCAGGGGACUGGGAUGAAGACCUGUGUAAGAAGGCGCUGGUGUUGGUGGAGGAGCUGUGCUUCAACACGAGGGGUUACAGCCAGAACGAACGCUGCCAGGAGUUCAUCUUCCUGAGGAGGGGCAACAGACCGCUAGACACAGAGAUCUCUGUCAGUCUGCUGUCGGUCAUUGUGACAUUCUGCGGCAUCGUCCUCCUCUCCGUCUCCCUUUUCGUUUCCUGGAAGCUCUGCUGGCUACCAUGGCGGGACAAGGAGGGCGGAGGUCUGAGCCUGACAUCGGGGUUGCUUCCUGGAACCGCCGGUGUCGGAAACCUUGCAGCUGCCGGGGGCUCGUCACUCUUACCCCCGCUGCUGCAGAGGAAGGAGGGCCACUCCUCGUCCUCUCUCUAUCCCACCCUUGGCCAGCAGGGUCAGCACCACCCCCAUUUCUCUGACCUGGUGGGGCUGGAGAGGGGUGAGGUCGGAGCCGUGGUUGGAGGGCCACAUGAGACCCAGGAGCACUCCUACCUGGACAUGGACUCCUACCCCAACAAUGCUGGAACUCUGAAGCUGAGUCAGACGUCUCCAGACGUUCCCAACUCAGAGGGUGGAGCCCAUAAAGACCUGCCGAACGCUCACUCCCAACAGCAGGUCACCCCGCGGCCCAAACCCAUGACUCACCAGCUCUCCAGUCCCGAUUUCCACGGAGAGGAGAAGGAGCAGGUAACCAGCAUUGGGCAGAUUAAACCGGAGCUCUACAGACCCAAAGGUGACCAGGGCGAAGGCAAACAGGGCGACACCUGUGGCAAGAUCAGCUUCCUCCUGCGCUACGCCUUCAAUACAGAGCAGUUGGUGGUGAAGAUACUGAAAGCUUUGGACCUGCCAGCGAAGGAUGCCAAUGGCUUCUCUGACCCGUACGUGAAGAUUUACCUACUGCCAGACAGGAAGAAGAAAUUCCAGACAAAGGUCCACAGAAAGACCUUAAACCCAGUGUUCAAUGAGACAUUUCAGUUUGGCGUGCCGCUGAAUGAGCUACAUUCCAGGAAACUGCAUUUCUCCGUGUACGACUUUGACCGCUUCUCCAGACACGACCUGAUAGGCCAGGUAGUGGUGGACAACCUGCUGGACUUCAGCGAGGGCAGCGGGGACAAACCCAUCUGGAGGGACAUUGUGGAGGGCACUGCGGAGAAGGCCGAUCUCGGGGAACUUAAUUUCUCGCUGUGUUACCUGCCCACUGCAGGCAGGCUCACCGCUACAAUCAUCAAGGCCACCAACCUCAAAGCCAUGGACCUGACUGGUUUCUCAGAUCCGUACGUGAAGGCCUCUCUGAUAUGUGACGGGCGGAGGCUAAAAAAGAGGAAGACCUCCAUCAAGAAGAACACGCUGAAUCCCACGUACAACGAGGCGCUGGUGUUUGACAUUCCCAAUGAAAAUAUAGAAAAUGUAUCCAUCAUCAUCGCAGUGAUGGACUAUGACUGCAUCGGUCAUAACGAGGUUAUAGGGAUGUGUCGUGUAGGCAGCGAAGCUGAAGGUCCGGGGAGGGAGCACUGGGCUGCCAUGCUGGCCAAUCCUCGCAAACCAAUAGAGCACUGGCAUCAGCUUGUGGAGGAAAAAGCAAUCGGUACAUUUGUGUCAAAGAGUUCCACCACAUCCUCCCCAAAGCCACACAUCGUGGUGGACAGUCCCCACUCCGAUUAAAACUGUCAUUAUCAUCUCUACAGCUCCAGACUUUGCUUUCUUUCUUCUUAUCUGUGAAUAAUUCUCUCCAUCAAAGAAAGAGAGACGUGGAGACACUGCUAGUGUCCAACUGCUAGUGCUGUUCUGCUCCUGCUAAUGAAUCCUUCAACUCCUGUGCUGUCUUUACUGAGCUGGAGGGGGGAAAAAUCAGCUCCAUCCAUCACAAGCUACACUUUUGAGCAUCAGACUACACAUUUACAAACACAUGUGGACACUUAACGGUACAGUGGACUGAAAUCAGGUGUACAUUUUGGGAUCUAGCGAGGAAACACACACACACACACACACACACACACACAAAUACACAAAUACAGAGUUUGUAGUAUGUGAGUAGUCCAUGUGUGCUUCAGAUUAGUGUAGUAUUUCAUCUAGAAGGAGUGUGACGUGACAAACUCUUUCUCUCUUGAAAACUAAAAAAAGUCAAAAGGAAGCCAUCGUAGAAUGGUCAUUUCAAACAGGACCAAAGGUUCAUGCCCUUGUACAGACUACAAAAGAAGAAAAUCCUUAUGUCAAUAUUUUUCUUUUAGUGUACAGUAUAUGCCGUACUGUAUAGGAAUACAUCUCAUGUAGUACUAGCAGGACGAAAUAUCCACCGUGGAUACUCUCGGCCAUUUUGGACGCCUUCUCCAGGGUUCCUACCCUCUGGUUUCAGAGUUAACUCGCUUAUUUUCCCCAGAGGAAAGACGACGAGGCAUCCAGUGGUCUUUAUUGAUGUCAGAAGAGCGAAAAAUGAGGACAGACUCAUUGGUCUAAGCAUGUUACAUAGCCUUGAAAUGUGUCCCUCUUCCUCAUGCUUUUUGUCACAGUCCUCAUGGUGCUCGUUAGUAUUUUUUAAAUUAUUUUGCUCUGUCAUUUGUGUGAAACAGUAUACAUGCAACCAUGCGGAAAUGAGUUCAUUCAUGCCAUUUUUUUUUACGGUCCACUGAGGAUGAGAUGAUGCGAGACACGAACUAUUUGAUCGACACUGGCUUUCAGGCCAAAUCGCCAGACUUUUCCUAAUGUAGGACAAAACGGGUUCAACGAAUCCUGGCUUUAGGAUUGGACCAGCAUCUGUUUGGAGUGCACUAGCUGGAGGAUGUAUCCCACACUGAAGGAUAUCACCACUCUAAUUUAUUUUUCAAUCAUUCCAGCACAGUGUGUUUUUUGUUGUUUUUGUUCCUCAAGCUUCAAUUGACAAAAUUAUUAGUCCAUAUCAUGUCACCGACAAGACUUUAGGAGGACACACACGUCCGUGUUGCUUUUAUUAGUGUGUGUUUCUGUGUUUGUGGGCGUGUUUGUUUUGUAUCGUGCGCGUCUGUGCGUGUGUGUAUGCCUGUGUGUCACUGUGACCUUGUGUGUGACACGUUUUUGUGCUCACCUCCUCCUUUUCCUCCUCCUCCUCUCCCGUGUCCAUUUCCUGUCUUGCCUCCCUCGCUCCUCGAAUCCCGGCAUCCACAGACUGUGAAAAGCACGUCUUGGAGCCAACUUUGUGUUGUGUCUUUACAAAGGAGCCAUUUUCUGUGUGUGUGUGUGUGUGUGAGUGAGUGAAUGUGUAUGUACUAUACGUGCCUCAUUGCACUAGGUGGGGAAACACUGUCUUUCAUAGACAUUAGUUUGUAUUGUCUAUGUCGUCUCUGAAAUCAGCUGCCAAUCAUUCAGCCCUUCUCUCCUCUCUCACCCUUUGCCUGAUGUAAGUAACUGUGUUGAUUGUGUACUUCUUUCAGUAGUUUGUGUACUGUAUGUCCGAGGGAAAAUCAGGACGGCGUUGGGAUUGAUCAUUUUAAUUGUUGGGUGCAUUUUGAUUACAUUCAUGAGAAGGAAGGCAACAAAAAAUAAAAGGUUUAAGGAAAAAUACAGAUCAAGAUAAAUUUAGAUCCCCAUAAAGACGAGACAUCAGGGAGGAGGUGUUGUGAGAAACGAGCGCUUGAAAUAUCUGCACUACUUGUGUAAACCGAUACAGACUUUUCAAAGCCAUGUCUGUCACCACACUGUAACCUCAGCAAAACGGUACAACACCUCACUGCAGCUACUUGUAUUGUUGCCAUUUCAGUCUCAUCCUCACGUGCACAAACACACACGUGUGUGUAUUUUGUGUGUGCAGUUUGGGGAUGGGGGGUCUAGUUUUCCUUUGGAUCAAUGAAGGUAGCAGGAGGUUAUAAUUAUAUCUGAAAGUAUUUUGUGUUGUUUGUCAGAUGGGGGGUUAUUGAUCAGCUUGUAUAAGUAGAUAUGGUAUUGAUCCAUCGGUCUAGAGGCCCCAUAAACUCUCCUCCUUUCCCAGCCUCUCUCCUUCUCUCUCUGCUUGUGUCUACCCUAUUUAGCCCUAGUGUUACUGCCUUGUGAUAGAUUGCAAAACUCAUACUGGAGCCAGCACAUUCCCUUAUUCUCCUCCUCCCUCUGUCCGCCUAGCCCCCCCCCCAUCUAAACCCCUCCCUUUCUGUUUCUGUCUGUCUGAUUACUCGUUCUCUCCUCCAGCAGUCCUUACCUUUCCUCCUGCACCUCUCCGUCACCUAUCCAUUUUUCCUGCUCUACUUUUUCCUCCCCAGUUCCUUCAGCUUUCUCACUCACACCCACCUCACGCCCCCAUCUUGCCCUCUUUCUUUCUCUCUGUGUACGACAACCCCACCCCACCCUUUCCGUCCUCCUCCCUAUUCUCCCCCUUGCUGUCUUCUCUCGUUUGUGCAGUUCCGAAUGGUCAUGGGGAAACAUGUUUGCAUGCUUAUAUUAACAUGAAUGAUGUCAACUUGAUGCAAUGAAAAUUAUAUAAGUGAUGCUUUAAGCAAAAUCUGACAAAGAACUUGAUACUAAUACUACUAAUGACGACUAAAAGGAGAUCUAGCAGAUGUUUAUCUCUGUGGUCAAAAACAACACUGAAGAAAAAGGAUUGUUUAUGCUGUAUUUAUCUUUCUCGAAUUGGUAUUCCUUUUGAUUUUCAUUUGUUCUUUUUAUAUAUAAUUUAUUCAAGAGGUUUACUUUUUUAUUGGUUAAUGCUGAGUAUUUUGAUUGAGAGGUUAAGCCAGGGCGAUCGUUUCAGUCGGGACAGCUGUACCAGGUCGCAGGAUGUCUGUGAAUGUGUAAGUAACAGUGUGGCUGAAGUAAUGAUCAUGGAAAUAAAGGAUAUGUAUCAUCCAGCCUCGUGUUUCUUACUUUCCUUGAUGCACUGGGCUGUCACAGAUGCCAGGCAGUGCGCUACAUGCUAUAUAUAAUAUACAAACUUCACAAACUUCUGAGCAUUUCACGUCCACAGUGUAUAUUUGCCUCAGGCAUAGAGGUAAGACCUGGAUAGAGACUGCCUGAACCCAAUUUUUUUAUUUAUUUUUUGAGUUUUCGGACUUUCAGCUGUGCAUUACGUCGCAUGUAAUUAUUCAGCCACUUUGUCAUGAAUUCUUUAUUGUGGCCACAUUUUGCCUAAAUGCAACGUGGCGCACCAUCGCCUGCCCUGUGUGCGCACCCACAUCUGCACUCCUACUUCUAUUUUGUCUCCCUUUCUUUUAGAAAAAUCACUCAUAUCAUUUGUCAUGUGGUUAUUAUCCCUCGUUAAAGCCCACCAGCAGCAAGCUGCACCUCCGGUGUUUCGGCAGAAAGCAGAGUGAGGAGGAAAAGGAAGCUCAGAUGUGCAGAGGAAUGACAGAGAAGGAGGAUUAGGGGGGGGGAUUAAACAAAUGAAGGAGGAUGAAGAGCCACAGAAUGCCAGCGAGGAAGAGAACAGGAGGAGGAGGAGAACACAAAUGGGAAAACCUGGAGGAGAGAGGCAAUAGCUGCGUGCAGGAUGUGUGGAACUGGAGACAGGAGGAGGUGGAGGAGGCUAGUUCUGUAUAUAGACACACUCAUAAAGGGGCACCUGCAGCAUACUGACAGUGUUAACAGUUCAAGAAGAGCAAAAAA